CCCUCUCUAAGAAGCUGGGCUGGCUCCGCGAGACUAGUGAGUAAAAUCAGCUGACUACCAGCAGGAUGGAGAGCUAGAGUAGAAACUUGCGCGGGCGCACUCAGCGUGUUCGUUUUGCGGGGCGCGGGGCGUGGCAUUCACACGUGUCUGGGUACAAAGGGCGGGUGUUUCCCGUCCGUAUAUACGUUUCAUGGCUAAAAAGAGCGGUUUUGACUUCUGGAGGAGUACCCUACAGGGAGCCAAGUAUGUGGUGGCUCCAAUGGUGGACCACUCGGAACUGGCCUGGCGUCUUCUCAGCCGAAGAUACGGCGCUCAGCUCUGCUAUACCCCCAUGCUCCACGCCGCCGUUUUCGAGAGAGACGCCAACUACAGACGAGAGCAUCUGGUGUCCAUUCCUGAUGACCGACCCCUUAUUGUACAGUUUUGCGCCAACGACCUUCGGACUUUGUUGGAGGCUGCGAGACUGGCCCAGCCUCACUGCGAAGCCAUUGACCUCAACCUUGGCUGUCCACAGGCCAUUGCCAAGAGAGGUCACUACGGUGCCUUCUUACAAGAUGAGUGGGAGCUACUUACAGAUAUGAGUGAGUUAUUCAUAUUAUAUAACAUCAGUCAAUUUCUCAGUGAUUCUUUCUCCCUCACCUGUAUAUACGUAGUUGGUCUUCUGCAUCGGGAACUGAGUGUACCUGUCACGUGCAAGAUCCGUGUUUUUGAAGACGUGGCGAGAACAGUCAGAUAUGCACAGAUGCUGGAAAAGGCAGGAUGCCAGCUGCUGACAGUUCAUGGUCGAACCAGAGACCAGAAGGGACCAAAAGCUGGUCUUGCCAGCUGGGAACACAUAGCGGCUGUCAAAUGCAGUGUGAAUAUCCCGGUGUUUGCCAAUGGCAACAUCCAGUUCCUCAGAGAUGCCGAGAGAUGUCUCCUGGAGACCGGGGUCAACGGGGUCAUGACUGCAGGUGAAGGGAACCUGUAUAAUCCAGCCAUCUUUACCGGGGAGCAGCCUCCUUGCUGGAGAAUGGUGGAGGAGUAUCUGGCGCUGGCCCGCACCUACACCCCUCCUCUCUCGUACAUCCGCGGACACGUCUUCAAAUUGUGGCUCCAUGUUCUGCAGAGACCCGAGUACCUACACUUCAGAGAGAGGUUUGGCUGUGCACGCAGCAUCGACGCUUUUGAACAGAUCUCGGCCGAGCUGAAGGCUCUUGUGAUGGAGAGGCUGUCAGAAGAGGAAUUGAGUGGAGAGUUUUCCCUGGAUGAUGUCCCAUUCUGGAGAUGUCACUCCUAUGUCAGACCCUCUCCAUGUGACGCCCCCAAGGCCAAGCAGAGUUCUCCAAACAAUGAGUCUGCUGGAGACUCUAGCAAUCUCACUCAUAAGAUAAAGAAGAGGAAGCAGCCUCAGUCCUCAGUGGCCGUGGAGCCAAAAAAGCGUCGAUGGGACAUUUGUGUUGCUUGUAAAGGGAACCCAAGAGGAGGAAAGUGUGAGCACAUGAUGUGCAAGAGCUGCUGCAAGUCACACUGCUGGCAGAAGAGUGUUUGCUGCUCUGGUCACAAGUUCCACAUCGGACCCAGCAGAUUGAAGAAGGAGCAGGGCAGUGAGCAAGGGGAGAGGGACACAAGUGUCAAUUAUGACUCUUGAUAUUUGCUGACGUUAACAUAAUCCUGCGCAUGCGCUGUGCUCUGCUGCAUGACGGUGUACAACUAAAUGGCGGCAGCGAGGAAUAAUAAGCAACUCUCCCUAAUUUCUCCCCUUCAGCGACGUCCGCUUCGUUCGAACCGUCACCAUGUACGCCCUACUGCUCACAGGAGACUCUUGCUGGAGGUGGCGUUCAGGCUCCGAACGUACGAGGUUGAAGAGCUCGAGUUUAUGGUCAAGGACGUGGUCGUGGCGCCAGCUGGUGAUUCGCUGACAACGCUAGGGCUUCUGGAGACCCUAGAGCGGCACAGGCUGCUGGGUCCUGGUGAAUACACUACCCUCCGGGAGUACCUGAAGAAAAUU